GGCAUUUAAAUACCCAUGAAAACGAUUAAAUUUGAAGAAUUGGAGCGCAAGCCAGGUGAAAGAAGUUGGAGUAAACAGGAGUGGUCUACAAUGAGAAUCCAGAAUUGACAACAGUAACACUGUUUUCUAUCAACUACUUAUAUAAAAAUCGUCUAGGAGCGGCUCCGAAUGGGUUAAUAGGCCAGAGCGUUGCCACAUAAUUCAGCUCUCUGCUCUCGCUUUCCAGCACUGUCAGCUGUUCGCAAACAAAAAAGUGUGAAGCGGAUCAAUAGUUUUAAACAUUUAGAUUUACUGAAUAUUAGUUACUUUAUGGACUGCUGUGGCGGCGAAGUACGCAACGAAAGCAUCUACAACAUGCUCCAGGCCAUCGUCGACUCCAAAGUGAUCAACGUGCAGUUGUUUACGAUUGCCGUGGGCAUUUUUUUUGUUGUGCUGCUGCUGAAGAACAAUUUCCGCAGCUUUUCGGGCACAUAAACACUCCAAACUGGAAGUAGAUGGAUAUUCUACCUAGAUGUUCUGCUGGCUGCCGCGAUGUAGUGUUUAAUUUAUAUAAUAAUGUAAUGUACGCAUUGUAGCUAAGUAUUUAAUAAUAAUUGUCUCAAGCGGA